CCAUAGAUUACCUCUGUAUGAAUGUACUUCUUAAAUGAAGGCAAGUGUUUGUCCUUUUUUGUUCCUCAGGUACAGUACGUGAUAUCAAGGGCAGGCGGUCAUCACUGGGGGUAGACAAGAAGCAGACGUACUUCCAAGAGGGAGCUGCAGUGAGGUCAGAGUGUCUGCAGAUCAGCAUCAGUGUCCACGUGAAGAACCUAGUUAUGUUGCCAGUGUCAACCCAACAAAAGUGUGUGGAACUGAGGUGCUUCGUCAGGAGCUCCUUCAGUUGUUGGAGGAUGGAGAAGAGGACGCAGCCAUGACUUGUGAGACGUCGUCUGAGUCAGCUGCUACUCACUGGGCGAUCAGAAACAUGGUGUCCUUGCUAAAGUGGAAAGAGGCCAGGCCUUGUCUUAUAGACAAUAUGUUAGCUACUCUGGAUCCACAGUCACACCGUGUGUGUCAGUGUGGCAAACAAGUAGUUGUGAGGUGUCUGGACUGCCUGCCUCUUCCAUUCCUUUGUGCUGACUGUGAUAUUGCAGUUCACACACGCUUUGUCCUGCACAGCAGAGAGGCAGUAACAGGAGGGUUUUUGCAGCCUUCAUCAGAGUUUCACAAUCCAAUAGUUCGGCUGUUGCCUGUGCAAAGACCAGACUGUGUGUGACUGCCCAGCAGGUAACGUUGAGGUUUCACCCGGUGCAAUUGUGGCUCUUGUAACCAUAAAUGGCCGUUAUAACCUUGCACUGCCAGUGGUGAGCUGCACCAGCUGUGGCCUAAUGUGGUCCCCCUCAGUUAAGGACUUCCAGGGUGGUGGAUAUUGGCCUGGCACCUUAAAUUUCUGCACCCUGUUUUCAAUGGAUGUCUUUCAGUCUUUCUAUGACAUUAAGAAGCUGCAGCAGGGAUGUCACUUAAGGCCUUUGUCAAAGUGCUGGAUGAACGAACAGCCCAUUUUGGAAGGACUGGCCGAAUAUCAGCUGAUGCCUUCAGCAAAAGUUUCUUGGAGUGGAGUGCUGUAAAGUGUGAGGUGGACAGGAUGUGCAAGGAGCCAUGCUUUAGCUGCCCUGCCUGCACUCCAGACAUGCUCGCCGUCUCAGUUGAUGGAAACUGCAAGCUUUAUCGCUUUCAAUCAAAUGCAAGCACUUCAGAGCAGGGGAACUUUGAAGGUGUCUUCAUUGAGAAAGAUGAGGAAGUUGCUGAGUUUGUGAAAUACAUCCAGAGACACACAAAUGAUAUCAAAUGGGGAGGUGCGUUUCAGGAUGGGGCCGGUUCUACAGUUGGAGAAGAGGUGGAACAAGUAAACAGUUUCCUGUCUAGGGCGGCCAUCACAACGAAGUACAUGUCUAAAGCAGGGCGAACAGACAUGCUGAGCCUCCUGGCUUUGGGCUGGAACAAAAGGAAAGUGGAACAACUGGGCCGCACUUUGAGCCAGAGAUAUCUAAAGAUCAUAAGGAUCCUUAGAGAACAAGUGGAGAGCCUGAAUGCGAGCAGAAAUGAGCUGGGUGUGGAUGACGACACACUGCAGCAAUGGGCUGAAGAAACGGAUCAAACUGAUGGCAGCCUUGGAGCGUUGCAGGCACGAGUAGAGCAGCUUGUCGUCAUCAUCAGAGUGCGAACACAAAGUCUUUACAGACAAAAUGAUAGCAACAAGAGGCGACACAGAAUUCGCAAGGUCAUCUUAGAUGAGAAGAAACGCUUGGCGGCUGCUGUUGACGACUACAACAAGGAAACAAGCAACAAAGCAAAUCGUAUCCAGUGAUGCCCUCAUGCAGAGCGACG